GAAAACGGCCCCCAAUGGGGCACCUUUUGCCCAGCCUGCAUGGCGCCAGCUGGCAGCUCGGACGGCCAGCCGGCACACAGCUGGCAGGCAGGCAGGCAGGCCGACUGAGACUCGGGUGUCAGCUGCCUCUGGCCUCCAUGUCUGCCUGCUUCCAUCUAAUCCAUCCUCGUGCCUCGUCGCUCCUCAUCACGCCCUUGAACUCUGGCCCCGGCUGGUCACACUCCAGUCCGUGUUGUGCCCUGCUGUUCUUGUUUGUCUUUGCGGCUUUCCUGCCCGGGAUCUGGAGCCUGCAUCCCAGCAUAGCUUGUGUGCUUGCUUGGGAACCCACUCAAAUCGUCAGAUAUCCCCGGGGACUCUGGGGCUGCUCUCUUCUCAGAUCCACUGGACCACCAGCCAAGCACACCUGCAUCCUGCGGAAGAAAGGCUUCUUGUUUUCCCACUACGGCUGCGCUCUCUACGCCGCUCGGAGCCACAGGACGGCGGAACUGAAGCUCACAGCUGGCCUGCUCCGUGAGCCUUCUCUCGACUCUGGCCCAUAUCGUGGUGACUCAGGCGGCCUCCCUCACAAGGACUAGGCAGCUGCAGCCUACCUCGCUCCUGCUGCAAGUUCGAACCCAAAGUGCCAGUGCCCCUACUACUAUGGUCCUCGCCAUCUUCCGGGGCUCCCCAUUCCACCCCUGCACCCAACGAACCCUCCCGCCUAUCCACCUGCUACUGCACCUCGCAGUAGGCAGUGUAGCCAGCUGGGGGGCCAUAGGACUCGCGGUUCACCUGUUCCUCUGCUAGGGUCAGUUGAGGCUGAAUCCAGAAUUGCUAAGCACCGCAAGACCCCGGUCAGCAGGGCUCGUCCCCCGGGCCUGUUCCUGCUCAACUGCCUCUCCGUAUUCCGCAUCUGACUCUUUUUUCGAACCGCAUUUUCAUCAUCAUUUGCAUUGCCAGCAAGCCAGGUGGUCUCUGUCUCUAUUUGUCUGUGCUUGUCGGGUUUUUAGGACUGUUCCUCUCUCUUCUCGUGUCUCUGCAGCCACAUUUAACUACUCCCCGCCCCCCCGCCGCCUGAAGCGGCCAUCCAGCGACAGGAUACCAACUCUCGGGAGCACCCGUUACUAGGACCUGACCUUAUCUUGAGCCUGAGCCUGUGCCUGUGUCGACAACAAGACCCCGAGGAAAAGGGCUUGUGUGUCAUAUCGACCGUCUCCAUCUCUCUACUGGUUGUUGUCUCGAGUACCCAGGGCUAGGCACCUGAGCCGCACAUACCCGCGCGCAUAUCUCCUUGUCCCUAGCUUCCUUGUGUGACUCCUCUCUGGCUCGGCUUGGUCGCCCCAUCCACAUCAUCAGCAGCAGUGUCUAGCCAGGCUCCCGUGGCGAGGCCGGCAAGACCGGGUCGCCUUCGCCAUGAGGACCAUCCACGUUGAGCCGCCCUCCGAGGUGGCAACCGAGGAGAAGACCGAGCCAUACUCCCAGAGCGAGAUCGACGCCCGCCUCAGGAGCUUCCAGGAGCAGAAGGAAAUCAGCGAGGCCAUCGCGGCCGAGAACCACGCCAUCCACCUGGAUGACCUGGCGGUUCCAAAGGACAAGGAUAUCCGCAUUCUCGUACGGCCUCUAACACGGGCCCGCUCUGUGAGCCCUGGCAACCUCGAUAGCUGCGAGUGGUUGCAGUUGACUGCCGAAGUUGCGGAACCAAAACAGCCCGAGCAGAAGGUCCUUGCAGUCACACAAACAAGCAGAGACAUCAAGUUCUCCGUGCGAAUCCCGGGGGAGAAGCUCGAAAAUGACACGAGACCUCCUCUGUGGUGCGAACUCUACUAUGACCCAGCCAGCGACAACCAAAUCUUCCUCAACCGUUCCGGAAUCCCGCUGUUCCUGUCCAGGGUUUCCCAGCUCCCAGCUUCCAGCCCGGGUAUCGAAUACACCAUCAACCCGCACACCACCAAGGCUCUGAUUCCCGGAACAUGGAGAAUCAAGGUCAGGAACAUCAAUGUACUUGAUUUCAGGAUCGUUGAGAAACGCCCCGCCAUCCUGAGGUCGUCACUGAGCUUGUCAGCAUCAAACGAGUCCCUCGUCAGCUUGCUCAACUCAUCGGGGAAACGAGCGCUUACUGCUGAAGGAAACGGCUCCUCGCCUGACAAGAGGAUGCGCGCCGACGAGUCCAUGGUCCGAAGCGAUGCACGAUCCGACGACGGCGUCGUGAUGUUUAUGAGACCUGGCAGCGCCACGAACCCUCUGGUCUUCCCUCUCCCGUCCGGAGAGAAAGGAAAGGAGCUGAUGACCACCAAUGGAAAUCCACUACUGGAGCUCGAGGACGGCGACAUCGCCGAAAUUCCCGGCGCCGAGGUCGACGUUGACGAAUACACGAUCAAGAAAAUCGGCCCCAUCGCUUCGACAAGCCUAAGCGCCGUUGCCAAGGGCGAGUUCUCCCGAGAACCCGACAGCAUCAUCACUGUCAAGGUCCUCAAGACCCGCCUGAACCAGAAAGCACUCGCCACGGCAAAGCCGCAGGAUGCAGAGCGGAACGUCAUCCGCCAAGCCGAUAUCUGGCUUCGAGAGUUCCUCAAUCACGAAGUGCUAGAUCACAAGUCGAUCCCUCGGUUAUUUGGCGGCGACGCCCGAUACCUGUCCUUGUACAUGGAGUACAUCGACGCCAGCGAUCUCUCAGCAAGAGGCGCCUGGCAAGACCCGCAAAGCACAUUCUUUCUCGGCAACGAGCAAGAUUCUGAGCGCAUCCUCCGCGAUGUAGCCGGUGCACUGGAUUAUAUGCACAGCCGUAACAUGGUUCACAAUGACAUCAAGCCGGGCAACAUCUUAUUUAACCGAGAGCGCGGGGCUGUACUAUGCGACUAUGGCAUGAUCACUGACAUUCACGCCAACCAGGAGAGGAUCGGCGGCACGCCAUUCUACAUCUGCCCCGAGUUCAUCGGACAGAAGCUUCGCGGCCAGCCAGCGGACGUGUGGGCUUUGGGCGUGACAAUGUUGUAUGUCCUCCGCAAGAUCGGCCUCCCGGAUGCUCGAGGCCAGAAGAAUCAUCCUCGCCACCUAUACUGGAUGAUCGCAUACAUCAACACAGCACCGCAACAUCAGAGACAGCUGCCAAACUUUGACGGGCGGACUGCUGCUCAAAAAAUGCAGGACUGGCUCAACGACAUUCGCGAGGCCAAGUCACGCUUGGACCACAGCAACAAGGUGGAGAGGCUCGUUGCGGCCAUGCUGGUCGUGAACCCGAAACAGCGGAUCACGAUGCGGCAAGUUAUGCUGGAGCUGUCGCGUGUCUCAGAGGUGAACGAGGAAUAAGCGGCCGUUUUGCAUCCCCGGGAAGGCUGAAAAUAUACGAGACAACGAUAUGAGCAGUAUAAAUCAAGGAAAGGAGUCUCCUUUUUUGGAAUUUUGCUUGCUUGGUCACUGAUUCUUGGAGGAGGCUGGAAACAUCAGGGCCGUAUGGUUGCGCAUCACAAAGCACUCUGGCAAUCGAUUUUCGCUUGGACACCUGGGCAAGGCUCAACUUUGCCAUUUGUCCAACGCGGUCAGGCCCGAGGAUCUUGAACCAGGGACAACCAGUUCGUCACUUUCCACUCUGAGGACUUCAGAGGUGCAUACGAGAACGCCUGUGCCCUAUAUAUUAGAUGCUCGAACAGCGACCGAGUCCGUCCUAUGCCAAAAGGUACACGGCACUUUGGCACUAGCAGGUCCAGAACGAACAAUCGCAUAGAGGAGGAUCAACUGCAUAUAUCACUUAAUGGUCACAAAGAAAGGGGAGAUUAAUUUAUACAGGAAGUCAUGCAUCUUAUGAAUCACCAUCCCGACUUAUAUGGUAGUUUAGCUUAUUAAUGAUACCCACUGCGCGAAUUAUCGCCAACCACUGGUCUUCUUUGAGCCCCAGAAUGUCCCGAUCGUGUAGUGUACGACGCUCCAAGAGGCUGUGAAGUUCCCAAGGUUCUUUUUUAUUUUUUUUAUUCUUUUUUGAAAAGGGAUGUAGGACUCGAGUAAGGCCUGGCAAGCGUCUACUCAAGAAGGUGACCAAUCGAGGUUUCUCAAGAGGCCUUGUCCCUGUUGAAUUGUCUUCAUUAAAGAGCCCGAAGAGAUCGCCCUCUUUGUCAGAAAUAGCAUGCCCAGAUAUUUCAAGUGCUAUUAUAGACAUGUAGGAGGCCAUCGAUGUCCAACCGUCCUGCUCUAGCCACGGACUUCCUCAGGAUGUUUGAAUCCACUGGUCCAGUCGGACGUUCUUGAUGAUGGUAGAGAAGCCAUGCUGCUUCCCCUUCAUACACUUAUCCCUCUUCUUCCCAGUCACCUCCUUCUGGUCAUUGUGCUUAUUGCUGUCGGGAUCCUCCCCUUUCGGGUACUCAACGUUAAACACGGGCUUCCCCUGCUUGAUAAACGGAAGAAACUGCUCCUCAUCGCCAUACUGCAUCGCCUGCUCGUUGACACACCACUGCAUCUGGUGCACGACCCGGGGGACGAUAUCUCCGCCGUUCUUGAGCCCAAUAGAGAGGCCUCUCGCGUGCGCCUCCCCCGCCAGCCACAGGACGUAGUCCACGGCGUCGUGCUCCGACAGCCCCACUAGUGGUGACGUUAGUUCUGCUUCGGACCCAAAACAUGAAAGACGAGAAUCUGUAACAGGUGAAGAGAGUGAUGCUCACGACCGUUCUUGUUGUCCCACGCGUCGACGUUGUCGGGGUCCACGCCGUCGAACCCCUUGCUCACGGCAAGGUCCAUACGGGCCUGCAUGAUCUGGCGCACGUUGGCCGAGUUGGUCUGCACCCACCUCUCGCCCUCCCAGUCGUCCAUCUUGCGGCCCAGGUCGGGCUUCUGGAAGCGGCCCGCGUCGGGCCGCCAGUCCUCGUAGGUCCCGGCCGAGAAGUAGGCGACCACCUUGCGCCCGCGCCGGUGCAGGGCCUCCACCUCGGCCGCGGUGUUGUCGAAGAGGUCGAUGAUCCAGACCUCGUGCUGCUCGACGGUGUGGUCGAGGUGCACCUUGUGGUGAAGCACGUAGUUCCACGAGGUCUGGACGGCGGGCUGCCACAGCGGGCGGUGGAAUCCUGGCGGCCGGGGCGGGAGGGGCGGUGCGUUCAUUUUUUUUAGGUGAGUUUUUUCUGGAAGCGUGAGUCGCCUGUAAAUGUGGUAAGUGCAAUAAAUCUUGGAUGAGAUGGAGAAAGUGCGGCGUGGGGGGAUGAGUGUCGAGGGUGAGGGCGAGAGGACGAGAUGAGGUCCCGAGGUCAGGUCUGGGAGCCAUUCAUCAUUGUUGGUGGCUGUGCUAUACGAA